AUGGAGCCGACGGAGGCUGUCUUCAAAGGCCAGAAACGCAGAGUGCCCCCCCGCCCGUCCCCUCUGCAGCAGCACGGCACGGGUGCGCAGGGCACCGGCGGCGGCGGAGACGGUGACAUCUCUCCCGACACCUUCCUCGCUGGCUCCUGGAUGGUUGAGCUGGAAGGACGCCGUGCCGGGGGUCCCCGGGGUGACGCCAGCCCUGUCCCACGGGAGAAGCGCUGCUGGGGGCUGGCUCAGCUCCUCGGCUCCCGGCCCAGCCCGGGGGACCGGAGCAGCUCCAGCUCUAUCUGCACGGAGGACUUCGCUGCCAGGUUUUGGGAGGGCAUGGUGGAGCCCCUGCUGUCCGAGGAGGAAGAUGAGCCCGCUGGGGAUGUCCCUACUGAGGGAGAUGAUUCCGGGCAGGAUGAGUCCUUGUUCCCCGCAGGGAGAAGACUGGAUGUCCGGCGACAGUUGGCGGUGGAGCCGGGCAGACGUCCCUUGCAGGGCAGAUCUCCGCGUCUGAUGAGGAGGGAGAGCCUGGAGUCUUUGGGAGGGAGGAUAUCCAGACUGAGCCGGAGCGAUGCUUUGGGGGUGGCCUGGGGGGGUCCCCACCCAGCCCCUUCCAUGCAGCCGGCCCUGGGCUGGGAGGACUCUCCCCACCGGCGUUCGUGCUCCGGGAAAGACUCAUUGACCAUCGCCUUGGGCGGUGAAAACCGGGCUGCUGAGCAUCUCCGGAGAGCCCCAGGCAUCUCUGCCGGCAGGAGCAGGGCCGGGGCAAGGAGGGGCUCUCCUGACGGCGGUUUGCCAGGGAUCAGCAUAGCCAGGAGCGGGGGACAUCCCACCAGCAAGCCCCUGGGGCUGAGACGGCAGGAGCCACCAGCUCUCCAGGGACGGCGUGGAGGGGUCGUCACCCCCGCCGUGGAUGGCGUGGAGAAGGAAGGAGCACGCAGCCGGCAGAGGAGAGCUCCCUGCCCGGCUCACCGUACUGACACAGCAGCAGGACCCCCUGGGCGAUACGGAACCGGGGCAGAUGUGUCAUCCUGCCCAGGAGGAGCGGCUGAGUCCCGGUGGCAGCGUGGAAAGCAAAAAGCCAUGCUGCCCGGCGAGCGUGUGACGGGGCAGCCGGUGUCGCUGCGUUGGUCCCUGCAGAGGAGCCAGGAGGGAACGCGAGAGCUGGGAACGGGUGCGAAAGGGACUCGGAGCGAAGGAGACAGGGCCAGGGCUGGCCCCGCGCACGCCCGGGACGCCUGCCGUCGGGACGCGGCAGACCUGGAGCGGACGGGGCAGAGAGCCUGUGCGGAUUGCCAGAAGGGGCUGGAGAGGGAGAGAAGGAAAACAUCAGCUUUGCAAGAAGAGAAACGGGAGCUACAGAAGAGGCUCCGGGAGCUGGAGCAUCGUAUCCGCUCCCUCCUGCGGCAGAGGCGGGAAGCCCUGGACCGGCUCCACGUGCUGCUCCAGAAGGAGAAGAUGGAUGCCCUUCGGCAGCUCCGGGAAGCCCUGGAGCAGCCCUGGGUGUGCAAGGUGGCUCCGGGUCUUUCCUAG